AUGUCUCAGGCGGUCGCCAACGAGCACACGGCGCUGCUGGCGGCCCUGGGCGCUGGCCAGCCGCUGAGCCAGGCCGGGCCGGUGGCGUCGCCGCCGGGCAGCUCUGUCCAGAACUCUUAUCGCCAGCGGCAGGCUACGCAGUGGAGGGGCGUGACAGCCACCACCGGGACCAACUCUGGCCUGCAGAAGUUUGAUGUGCAGUUUGUGUUUUGCGACAAUGGCACCAAGAAGCACCCCAAGAUCUACGGCUUCUCCUCCCUGGACGCCGCCGCCCGCGCCUUUGACAUCCUCACCUGCAAGCGGGCGCUGGAGAAGGGGCGCACCGUGGCCUCGGUCAUGGCGGAAGACUCGGCGCUGGGCACCAACCACCCGCCCUCCGACUACCGGGACCAGGAGCUGCUGACCUUCCUAGAGGGCGCCACCCGGGACGACUGCAUCUACGGCCUGAAGCAGUGCGCCAAGCGCGGCCACACCCUCGCCCCAGACGUGAUGCUGGCUGAGCUCAAGGCGGGGAUCGAGGCGGCACGGGGGGAGGCCGCCGACAAGCGGCGCGUCGGCGACCCGCGCCAGAGCUACGAGGCGACGGCAAAGGGCAACGAUCGGCGGCGGCGCACGCCCUCCGCGCCCGCCGCCCCCGCCCCCGCCGCCUUCCAGCCCGCCGUGCUGGCAGCUGCUGCGGCGGCGGCCGCCGCCGCCAUGGGCCACCCCUUUUCGCUGCCGCAGCUGGGGGCCGGCGACGCGGCCACCCUGACCGCCGGCGACAUUGUGGGGCAGCUGGUGCGCAGCACGCCCGCGCCGGCGCCGGGAGAGGCGGCGGCCGCCGCCGCGGCCGCCGCCGCCGCGCUGGCCGCCCUCCUUCCGUCCGUCGGCGAGGGGCGCGCUGCGGGGGCCCUCCCGCCGCCGCCUGCCGCUGCAAACGGGGCAGGAGCAGGUGCAGCAGCCGACGGCUGCGGGCAGCCGACGGCAAUGGACGUGGAUGGGUUUGGCGGCGGCGCCGGCGGCAGCCCCCCCAGGAGCGCGGGCAUCCCCAGCCGCAGCCGCACCCCGGCCGACGGCGCGGCGGCGGCAGAGCCCCCCCCGGCAGGCGCGCCGGCAGACGGGGCGCAGCCGGCAGCUGCAGAUGCAGCGGCGGCUCCUGCCCAGGAGGCAGCUGAGGAGGGCCAGCAAGAUGCGGCGGCCGCCGCCGCCCUGGCCGCCGCCUCGGCAUUUGCCCAGGCCGCGCGCGAGGCCGCCGCGCCGCCGCCGCCGCCGCCCAACGCGGCCGCGGCAGCCGCGGCCGCCGCCAUCGCCACGCUUCAGCAGCAGCAGGCGGCGCAGGCGGCGCAGCAGGCGCAGCAGCAGCAGCAGCAGGCGCUGCUGGCGCAGGUUCUGCAGGCGGCGCAGCCGCGCGCGCCCGCGCCGCCGCCGCCCGCGCCGCCGCCGCCGCCAGCCCCGCCGCUGCUGGGCGCCACGUCCUCUCCCGACCUGGGCUGCGCUCAGGACAUCAUUCGCAUCUGGACUGCGCUGCACGAGAGCCAGAGCUGGCAGGGGGAGCAGGUCCACCUGCCGCACCAGUACUACCAGGGGCUGCUUCCGGUACUGCAGGCCUGCCCCGACGUGAGCAGCAUCCUUGCGCUGACCAGCCAGCUGUGGCAGAGCGGCAUGCUGCGCAUGCUGAGCAGCGCCCACGCCGCCAGCCAGCCCCAGCUGCCGCAGCCGCAGCACCAGCCGCCCCUGCCGCCGCUGUUUGGCGCCGGCGGCGCCAACGGCGGCCACCAGCCUGGCGGCACCGCCGCGCUUCAGGCAGCAAUCACGCAGCUGCUGGCAGGCGGCACGGGCGCCGCCGCGCCUGCGCCGCCGCCCGCGCCUGCGCCUGCUGCCGCGCCCACCAUCACGACCGGAGCCCCCGGCGGCGCCGUCAGCGCCGACGCCCUGCUCGCCGCCGUUGGCAGCGUGCUGCAGAACCCGGCCAUCUCCCAGCUGCUGUCCCAGCUCGGCGCCGGUGGCAGCAAUGGCGGCAGCAACGGCGGCAGCAACGGCGGCCUGUCCCUGGGGUCGCUGCUGGGCGGCGGCGGCGGCGCUGCCGCGCCGCCGCCGCUGACCCUGCCCGCGGCGCCGCCCUCAGCCGCCUCCCUGUUUGCCGCCGCGGCGCAGCAGCCGUUUGCCGCCGCGCAGGCGGCGCAGCAGGUGCAGCAGGCGCUGCAGCAGCCUGUCAUCACCGUGGCCACCCGGCUCACGCGGCAGCCCUCCGGCAAGGGGCGCCACCACGCCUCGCGCCAGCCAUCUGGCGAGAUGCCUCCGGCCAAGCGGGCACGGCGGCAGCCCGGCGGCCGCGGCUUUGCCGGCGGCGAGGAGCCGCCGCCGCCGCCGCAGCUGCAGCAGCUUCUGGACAUUCUGAGCGGGGAGAACCCUUCGCCUCGGGAGCCCCCCACCCUGCCACACAACAACAACCACCAGCAGCAGCAGGCGCAGCAGGCGCAGCAGCGGAUGCUGGGGAUCAAGCUGGAGGCUGAUGGCACGCAGGUGGCCACAGCAGGAAACAGCAGCGAUCCGCCAGUGACCGUGGUGGUGGCCGAACGCCAGCCCUCCACCUCUGUCCCCGCAGUCGCCUCGGCCUUCCUGGCCGCAGCGCAGCUGCCGCUGCCGGCCGCGGGCGGCGGAGGUGGUGGUGGUGGUGGUGGCGGCACCGUGGGUGCCCACCCGCUGGCCGGCCAGCGCUCCACUUCCCUCCACCGCUCUCUGUCCAGCCAGCUGCCGCUGCCCGCCAACCAGCCACAGGUGGUGAUUGUGCCAGCUCCGCCGCAGCCCCGCUCGCGCUCAGCUGAGCUGGCGGCCGGCGAGGCGGCCGGCGGCGCGGCGGCGGCCGCUGCGGCGGGCCUGGUGCGCGGCGGCGGCGGCGGCGGCCGCGGCGGCCGCCUCGAGCUUACUGUGUCGGCGGCGCCGCAGGAGCGCACGUUUGAGCGCGGCGCGGCGGCGCGCAGCGGCGGCGCCACCAUCACAACAGGAGGCGCGGCGGGAGGCCUGGAAGUGCUCUCCCGUGCCGCCAGCUUGCAGCAGCCCUCUCCCGAGGGCCCGCCGCCCGGCAGCAACGCCGCCACCGGCGGCCAGCCCGCCGCGGCGGCAGAGGCGCCGGCCGCCGGCCACGCGUGA